AUGAAGAAACAGCUUAAGGAGGAGGCAGCCCCACACUGUGAGCUAAAGUCCUAUUCUAUGAACUCAGGCACUCAGGUAUCCACUACGGUGUUGGGUCCUGAACAGAAGAUGCCAGAUGAAAAUGCUUCUGGAGACCAUGGGGUCUCUGUCAGUCUUGGUGCCAUCAACCCUGCCUGCAGUAACUCCUCAAUUCCACAGUCCCCUGGGGCACACACAGAGGAGCCCUUUACCACCUACUUUGAUGAGAAGAUUGCCAUUCCUGAGGAGAAGCCCUCUUGUUUUAGCUUUCGCAAACUCUGGGCUUUCACGGGACCAGGAUUUCUUAUGAGCAUUGUGGAUCCAGGAAACAUUGAAUGUGAUUUGCAGUCUGGAGCACUGGCUGGAUUUAAGUUGCUCUGGGUUGUUCUGUUUUCCACCAUCAUGGGACUCCUGCUGCAGAGCCUUGCAGCCCGACUGGGAGUGGUCACUGGGCUGCAUCUUGCUGAAGUGUGUCACCGCCAGUAUCCCAGGGUUCCACGAAUCCUUCUGUGGCUGAUGGUGGAGUUGGCUAUCAUUGGUGUAGAUAUGCAAGAAGUUAUUGGCUCAGCUAUUGCCAUCAAUCUCCUGUCUGUAGGAAGGAUUCCUCUAUGGGGUGGAGUUCUCAUCACCAUUGCAGAUACCCUUAUAUUUCUCUUUUUGGACAAAUAUGGUUUGCGGAAGCUGGAAGCGUUUUUUGGUUUUCUCAUCACUAUUAUGGCCCUCACAUUUGGUUAUGAGUAUGUUACAGUGAAACCUAGCCAGACCCAGGUCCUCCAAGGCAUGUUCCUACCAUCCUGUUCAGGCUGUCGUACCCCACAGAUCAUUCAGGCUGUGGCCAUCAUGGGUGCUGUUAUCACACCACACAACAUAUACCUGCAUUCUGCCUUAGUCAAGUCCAGACAGGUAGACCGAGCCAAUAAGCAGGAAGUUCAAGAAGCGAAUAAGUACUUCUUCAUUGAUUCCUGCAUUGCUCUCUUUGUUUCCCUUAUCAUCAAUGUCUUUGUCAUCUCCGUGUUUGCCGAAGCAUUUUUUGAGAAAACCAACCAGCAGGUGGUUGCGGUCUGUAAAAACAGCAGCAGUGCCCAUACUCACCUUUUCCCUGAUGAUAACUCAACACUGACUGUGGACAUCUACAAAGGGGGUGUUGUGCUGGGGUGUUACUUCGGGCCUGCCGCUCUCUACAUCUGGGCGGUGGGGAUCCUGGCUGCGGGGCAGAGCUCCACCAUGACAGGAACCUAUUCCGGCCAAUUUGUCAUGGAGGGAUUCCUGAACCUAAAAUGGUCACGCUUUGCCCGAGUGAGUCUGACCCGCUCUAUUGCCAUCAUCCCCGCUCUACUUAUUGCCGUCUUCCAAGAUGUGGAGCAUCUAACAGGGAUGAAUGACUUCCUGAAUGUUCUUCAGAGUUUACAACUUCCCUUUGCUCUCAUACCCAUCCUCACAUUUACAAGUUUGCAGCCUGUGAUGAGUGAAUUUGCCAAUGGAUUAGGCUGGAGGAUCAUAGGCGCUAUUGUGGUCCUUGUCGUCUGUUCCAUCAACAUGUACUUUGUCGUGGUUUAUGUCCAGGGUCUAGGGCAUGUGGCAUUGUACGUGGUGGCUGCAGUGGUCAGCGUGGUUUAUCUGAGCUUUGUGUUUUACUUGGGUUGGCAAUGUUUCAUUGCACUGGGCAUGUCCUUCCUGGACUGUGGGCACACGUACCAUCUGGGAUUGACAGUUCAACCUGAACUCUACCUUCUGAACACCAUGGAUGCUGACUCACUUGUGUCUAGAUGA